AAUUGGCAAGUAUAUAUAUAUCUGGUGGGACUAGGAAACCAAGAGACUGAGAAGAGAAAACAACUUUAAAAGCGUUUAGGAAGUGAAAAUGACAGAAAGGGGGUUUGAGGUGUAAAUCGGUGAAUACGUACACGCUCAUUCCUCCUACAUUUCAUUGCCUUCCUCUUCUCUUGGGAAGGCGAAAUUCAGACGCCCAUUUUGUCAAUUAUCUGCUUGCGGACAUUUCCACUGCAUUAUCAAUGGGCCUUCCUCUUCCUCCAGGCCUCAUGUCAACAAAUAAGGAAAGGGAGGACAUUGUCAUCUUGGGUAUGCCCGGGCCAUGGGCAGAGGACAAUAGUGAAGCUUCUGACCACUAUACCACUAAAAUUGGUGGCUUGCCAGACUGGCCAAUCCCAGCAGAAGAAAUCAACCUUGAAUUGAUGAAAUGUGGUGUAUGUGGUGGAGACCUUGGGCUUGUUGCACAGACCUAUGCUCCUCUUGAGACUGAUAGACUUCAUAUUGAAGAGCGUACACUCUAUAUUUUUGGAUGUCCUCUCCCAAAUUGUGGGAUCAGCCCAUUGAGUUGGCGUACAAUAAGAGUUCAGAAAAGAAUUCCUGUUGAUGGUGGCAUUUUUAGAGGGUCCAUGUUAGGAUCGUCAUCUUCAACUGAUGGCAGCAUGACUGGGAUAGAAUCAUCAAACAGGUUUAGUGAGCAAGAGCAGGAGCUUAACUCCAGUACGGAUGAAUGGUGGGAGGAUGACACAUGGAGAGAUUCAACUAAUGGUGAAGAUAGUGCUGGAACUCUUGAUAUGCGGGAGCUUGGUAGGGCUUUGUUGGAAGCUGGUUACAUGGCUGCUCAUCUUUCUGAGGGGCAAAAUGAGGGCAAUCAUCCUUUAGUUGGAGAAGCAAGUCAGAGUGAAGCUGAUAUUCUAGAUAUUGGCUUGCCUGUGCUUCCAUGUUUUUAUAUCUAUUCUCAAAACGAGUCACAACCAUCCCGUGGCAGCAGGGCUUUGUCAGCUUUGCAUGCAUCUGUGGAUUAUCAAGCAGCACAUAAUUAUGAUGCUGAAGAUGCACAGGAUGGAACCUGGGAAGGGGAGGAAUAUGAGCAUGCCAGGGCCUUGAGUGCGGAUAGAACCUAUCUUAAGUUCAAGAAGAGGCUUGACUGGUACCCAGAGCAAUGUAUCAGAUAUUGCUUUGGAGGUCAACCACUGUUGGCAAAUAAAGAUCAAGGAGAUCCUGGUGUUUGCACGCUAUGUGGAGGACCUCGAGUUUAUGAAAUGCAAUUGAUGCCACCUCUGCUAUAUUACUUGCAGCAGGCUUGCAAGGAUUCGGAGUCUUUGUAUUUAGCAAAUAAUUGGGAAUGGCUAACACUUUUUGUAUAUACAUGUGCCCAGAGCUGUUCAGGAACCACAGGAGAUAGCAAUGAGGGAACAGAAUGGCUUGUCGUAGAGGAAGCCACCAUUAUUCAAUAUGAAACAUGAUUUUAUAUUUCCAAUUUUUCAUUUGUUUAAUUAUUUGUCAAAUUAUCUGCCAGAAGCAAUUUUUCUGAGGAUGGGGUUUUUGAUUUCCCCCAAAAUAAUCAGUCUGUCAACUGGGCAAAAAUCUUCACCAUUUGCCUGGAGAUUCACUGAUUUGAAUGUGCAGUGUUUUCAACAAUGGAACAUUGCUCUACAUCUUCAUCAGAUCUCAAGUCAGCAAGAUGAUGCUCAUUGCUAAGUUAACUAUUUCUUAUCUGUAUCUAGCAGUGGAUUUAGAGCAGGACUUGAAUGUUUGCUUGUUUAGGUACAUGUUUGAUAUAUUCAUGCCUUAUCUACAAGGCAUUCAAUGUGAAGCUUGUUCUGAAGAAAUAUGGCCACGAAUUUGGAUUGUAAGGUUAUGGUUCAUCAUUAAUAAAAAGGCACAUGUAAUAAGAUGAGUGAAGACUUGUCUAUAGACGCUUAAAACAGCGGAAGGUGGUAUUAUAAUAUUAUGUUUAUUGAGAUUUCAAAA